AUGAAGCCUGGUUAUACGCGUCGAAACGCUCGACUCAUAUUCUUGGUGACCGAUCUGAUUUUGUAUCUGUUUGUGAACGUUUACUCGAUCGCGAUCGUCUGGGGCUCGCUCAUGGAGGUUGUGUUUUGCUUUGUAACUUUGGGUAUCGCCAUACAGGGUCUCGUUAAAAUAGAAGCAUUCACCUGCCCAGAGCUAAACGAUCUACACCUGUACAAUGUGGAGCGAUUCAAGCAACCAGCCCGCUUUCCAGAGAUAGAAGACGCGUUGUUCCACACCGCGACGGUGUGCAAGGUGUUCAUCCAGAUCCUAGCGGUCGCGUUUUCGAUCGUUGCCAUUGCGAUCUAUUCGUACGCGAUCAUGAUGCCACUUAUGGCACACGAGCUGUCUCUAGCGUUUGGAUUCUACCUUCCAUUCAUCGAUCGACUCACACCGAUUGGUUUCGCCAUUAACUGGGCAUACCAGUUCGUGCAGGUGUCUGAGGGCUGCAUCGGACUGAUGGCUUGCGAAACUUGUCUGCUGUUUCUGAUCGUCAAUGCGACGGGACAGAUGGACCUUCUCAUCAUCUACCUAAGGCGGCUAACAGACCUGAUCGAUGGGAACAGUUUGGGACAGAAUGACGCCCAAAUCGCAGAGCUCAUCCAACACAUCGUUGUGAAGCAUUUAGAGCAUACAAAGUACGUGUACGAUAUGGACAAGCUGCUCAAAAAGCAGUUCUUCGUCAGCUUCGGAUGCAUGAUCUUCGAGCUGGUGGCUUCUCUAGCGAUCGUAGUACGGUUUCCCUGGUAUCCUGGAAUGGCGAUUACAUUAAUCUGCACCAUACAACUCUUCGUGAGCUGCGCUUUAGGGACGUUUCUUUCUAGCAAGAACGAUAAGCUCGUGGACGAGAUCUACAGCGUCAAUUGGUACGGUCUGUCGACGGAGCACCAGAAAACUCUGCAACAGGUUCUGCUCGCCUCGCAACACCCAGUGGUGCUCUCGGAUGGCUUCGCAGCCAUCGAUUUAUUCAACUUUGUCGAGAUUUACAAAAAGAUAUAUUCAUACCUGAUGGUGCUACAAAACGUAAGCUAA